GCCCCGGCUCGGCCUAUGACAGCAGGAACCCGCCGCCGCGGCCGCCGCCGUCUCUGCCGCCCCCCGCCGCCGCCCCGGCAGCGCCCCGGGCCGCGGCUCUCGCCUUGCAGCGGCCCCCAGGACGCUGUCAUGCAGGACCCUACCCCGGAGCGCGCCGAGGAGAGCCGGGCGGCGGCGGAGGGCGGCGGCGGCGGCGGGGCCUCCUGGCUGCAGAAGGUGUUCGAGGAGGUGCGGGGCUCCUCGCAGCUGAGCGUGGCGCCCGCGGAGCCGCCGGCGGUGACGGUGGUGGCGGUGGAGCGGUACCUGGCGCAGGCCCCUCCGCCCCCGGCCUCCCCCCCGGCCCCUCAGUACUGGUACGACGUGACGCUCGCGGACGGCGCGCGCCGGCAGCGCUGCCACCUCGCGCCGCGCCUCAACGGGCUCGUGCAGCGCGCGCGCCUGCGGGCGGGCGCGCGCCUGCGCCUCACGCGCUGCUCGUACCGCUACGACGAGAAGCGGCUGAACCGCGGGUUCCUCUGCCUGGAGGGGCUGGAGCGGGCGGGGGGGCCGGGAGACACCGCCGCCACCGCGGGCACCCCGCCCGACCGCACCCGACCGCUCCAGCCCCUCCGCGGCGAGAACAGGCACUACCUGCCGCUCUGGAACAACGAGGAUCCCUACGGAGACGUGUGGAUGCCCGACAGACCCCCGGCGCAGGUGGAUGUGGACGUGUCCAAGCUGACUAAUCUUGGACAUCUGGAAAUGACAUGGAGAAGCAGAGUGCGCUUCCAUCCACUCCUUGUGAGAAUCCUGCACAAAUCCAGACUAAGGUACUACGGAAAACCAGAGAAAGCAAUGGAUAUGCCUUAUCAGGCUUAUUUUGAAGUUGCUGAUGGUUCAGGCAUGACAUCAAUGGUUUUGUGGAGUUCACUGUGUCCUGAGUGGUAUAACAGCAUGAAGGUUGGCACAGUCCUUCUCCUUGAACAGUAUGCAAUCAAAGACAGUUACCCGUUUAAAACACAGCCAACACCUGGGGAUUCACAGAUGAAGAGAUUUGCUACAAUUGAAAUUAGCCUUAAUGAUCGAAAUCCUCCUACUAAAAUAAGCAUUAUUCCAGAAGAAAUGGUUAAGCCAGAAUGGGGAUUACCUGAAGUUAAAUAUCGGUUUAUCACAAGGUCAGAACUGGAUGACUUACCACACAAUUAUUCCUGUGAUGUCAUUGGUCUUGUGACAUUUGUAGGAAGGGCUGAACGAGCCAGAAAAAGAGAACACUGUGAAGACUUCUGGCUCUAUCGUUGGGCUCAUGCCAUUGAUGGCACCUCAGACCAACCAUUCAUACUGGAAUUGUUUGCAACUUCUCAGCCAGAUGUGUUUGAGCGUAUUCACCCAAUGACAUACUUGGUGUGCACACAGAUGAGAGUAGUCCGGGACCUCACUGGGAAUCCUUCCAGCACAACUUACCUCACGACUUCAAAUGAAAGUCAGAUAUUCAUUACAGGGUGGCACAAGGGUCAGCCAUACACUAAGGACACCAAAGUGAAAAACUUCAUUCAAUGGAUGAAAUCACAAAGUGAAGAUGAUCAAAUAAAGAAAACUGUCAUUGGUGGCUAUUACCCUUUUCCACGACCUCCAGAUAACUUUUCAGAUUAUUGUAAAAGUAAUAAAGUUGAAUCAGUUUUGAAGACCAUAAGUGAAACAGGGAAAGAGAUUGAAGACUUGCACUACAGAGAACACAAGCGCAUUGCUGUUCAGGGAAUAAUUAGUGCCAUAAGAUACAUCAGCUGUAGCAACACAGCUGAAGAAGUUUCAGGAGUGGAACUUGGUCAGAAAGACACUUCUCAGUCUCCUGAAAGUUCUGCUGUUUCCAAAGAAGACUGUGUUGACAGGGGAAAAAAUACCAGCCUUCAAAAUGAAGAAGUUAAGUCUUUUCUGGGUCCACAUGGCUCUCCUGGGGAACAACAUCAGCACCAGGCUCUGCUGUCAAAGGAGAGUUCAGUCAAGAGAAAGAUACGCAGAUUAAAUAGAGAUGCAGAACAGGGAAGUACAUCUGUUAUUCCUGUAUCAUCUUGCCCCUAUUUUACACGGUCUGCAAGAAGAAAAUUUAGGUUGGAUGAAUAUCAACAUGGAGAUGAUGUGCAAGAUAAAAAUGGACAGGCUGUAUCAGCCAGUUUGCAGUACUGCACAGACCGAGAAGGAAUGAGUGAUAUACCUGAAACUGAAGAGACUAGAAGAACUUGUGAUUCCUGGCAGAGUGACCUGUGGACACAAGUGAAAGACAAAUUAAUGAAAUAUUUGCAUCACAGCAAAAUUUUCCCUGAAAGUAUCCCACGUAAAUUUGAUUAUGUGUACAAAGACUUACUUAUGCAACAGUACAACCUUCAUGCAGCAGUGCACCAGCCAAAAGAAACCACGGCAGAGAAAAGUAUUGAUGAGUUUAAAAGUGCUAGUGGCCUUGGGUACUAUGAAGUGACAGUUCUGGGAAUAAACCACGAUGUAGCAAUAGAUGUUGCAUUUCUCCCACUGUUUUGUCCUGAAGAUCCCCACUUAUUUCAACUGGAAGAGAUUCAAAAUGACACAUUAUUGUCUUGUAUGAGCUGCAUCUCUGCACAUCAGCAGAAGACCACUAGCAAUGGAAGGCCUUGUGACGUGUUUUCUCUUUCAGAUGAAAUUGUAAAAGCAGCAAUGGAUCUCGAUGGCAAACAUGUUGUCUGCAUUUUGGACAUCUGUCACUUGGGUGAUGACAAGGUGGAAGUCUUUCUGAGCAAAAUCUACAAGACAGAGGAACCAGGCGUGCUGGAUCCAGUAUAAUUUAAUAAUUUAUUUUUCAAAUUUAUAUUGUUCAAAAGAAGGGAAAUAAAAUUUCUGUAACUUGAACGUACCCUAUACACAUUGCACUUUUCUAGAACUAGCAGGCACAAAUAUAAAGUUGUGAUUCUUGGGGCAGUUGUAAUGGUCAUCCAUGGAACUGGCAAGGACAAUUGUUGCCUUUAUUUUUCAGUCUUGAAACAAUGGUGCCUUUAGUACCGUAAUGCAAGAAACUACUUUGCUCUUUUUGCCUUAGCAAGGGCAGCUCCUGUGUUUUUAUAUGUCUGCUUUUGUACAUAGUGUUGGGUAGUGAGUAUAGCACCCAAACACUUUUAACAUGUUUUAUUCAUUUAUAAAAAAGUAAUGAGAUAUUCGUUAAAACAGAUUUUUUUUUACUGGAACUUGCUUCUAGCUUUGCAAGAGAAAAACUGUCUUUAAGGAGUGGUAAACAUGGCAGUAUGCACAGUUUGUCACACCACUUAUUGCUGUAUUCUGAGUACAUGAAGGAGUUCAGCACCUACAAGAAGCUGCUGCUUCCACAGGAGCAAGAGACUCUGUAAAAUUCUUUUUUUGCCUGUGUACUAGGUAGCAGCUGACUCCUGCUGAGUUCAGAAUCAAGUAGCACUUUUUCCUCCCAUGUUAAACAGCCUCAGUUCUCAUCCAGAACUGGAAAUUAUUCUCAAGCAGGAGUUUAUUGGCAGUUGACUACUUGUCCAUUUGAAAUGCUGGUCUCAUUCAUUUCUUUAAGAAAUAAUUGCAUUAUGGAGGCUUGCCAGUUCAAUUGUACCAUUAUUGACCAAAGCCCACAGAGUUAAUUUAUAGGAACAGACAUAUUCUUUUGUGGAAAACUUAUAGGCAUAUUUUUGCAGCCUCUUGGUGAUUGGGGAUUAUCUCUGUGAACCAGUAGCUUACUUGUCUGCCCUGAGGACAGUGGACUUUGCCCUCAAGUCUGUGCCCUAUCUUCAGUUAAUGGUACUUUGAAGGAGACCCAUAACUGAUUUUAUUACAUAUAAGUUCACAGGCAACUUCAAAUUAAAAAAAAAAUGAAAAGGAAAAAAAGUAUUCUGUUUCUAGUAUAGUUUACAGUUUAAAAAUGUAUUAAGGAGAAUAAGGAGUAAAAAUUAAAUGUGACUAUGUAUUGUAUGUAUCUAUUUUGUAUGGACCCUUAGUAUUAGCUCUAGAGCAAUGUUUGUCAACUCAUACCUUUCAGAGUACCCACAAAAGGCAAAAUGAAAACAUACCAACCCUAGAAGAGCAGGGUGUUGCUUGCAGUGUUAUUUGUGUAAUGGGGUUGCUGAUGGGUAUGUGAAGUUGAGAGACCGUUGCUCUGGAGACGCACCAGCACUUCAUGUUCCAAACUGAGCCAAUGCUGACUGUGUCAGCCAGUGUUUUUUAUUUAGAUAUACUUCAGGUCGAAGUCUAAUUUUAAUGAAACCAUUAUUUCCAAAAGCAAUUUAAAGUAAUUAUCCUUGUACAAAAGGACGGAUGUGGCUAACGCUGUCACAGAGCCACCCUGUUGAGUUGUCCCAGCCACCUCCACAGAAAUGCAGCAAAGGCUGUUUGUGGCAUUGCACUGCUUAGUACACCUGUAAUACAUAGCAUUAAUCAUUUCACCCUAUAUGUUAGGACUUCCUAACUCUAAAAGAAUAUCAGAAUGGUGUUAAAGGAUAUAAUUUUAUUUUACAGAAGUGUUGUUUGAAAAGCUGUGAAGGAGAGAUGUUUACUCUUGCAGAACGGGGUGCCAAUGUUAGAAGCACAGGCUUUCUGUGUGCAGCUGGAGAAUAUCCAAUGCCUGUAGUAGACUUUUAAUUUUACUACUCUGGAUCAAUCCACAGAGGCACCAUCUAAGUAACACUGAACUUAAUCCAUUGAGUUCAGUUGAAGUGCUGCAGUGUUACUGUGUAGUUCCACUCUGCCUGUCUCCCUCCUCCCUGCCAAGCCAGCACUGUCGCACUGGAGCAAAGGUGCUCCCUGCAAAGAAAGCACCUCUUUUGCCAUGUUAAGCCAAGAUACAGACUCUUUACUCCUGAAAAAUGUCACAGGAAUUGCCUUUCUUGCUGCUGUGUAUUGUCACUGCUGAGGGCAAAAUACUAUGGAAGCACAUUCCUUAACUGCAGAAUUUGUACUUCACCAAAGAACCAUACUCUAAAACCUUAUAUUUGCAUGUUUCUUAUGUUUCCAGCAUUAAUUGCAGAGGCAGGCAGACUGUGUGUAGCUAAUGGUACUUUUGAGUGUAUAAUAGUUGCUAAGUCAUAGAUCAUGUAAAGAAGGAUCGAUUUUGAAUUAAUGUGAUGUAGAACUAGUACAACACUGAAAAGUAAAGAAUAUAAAUAAAUUAAUAUAUGUAAACAUC